GUGUCAUGGACAUUACAUUGCAUUCGCCAUAUUGUGUCACGGUUCUAGCCAUGGAAGCAGACGCACUUCAGGCUGAAAAGUCCCGAGCCGAACGGUCCGCGCAGCUCCUGGCUCCGGCCCUCCCCCAAUCCGGGCGGCGGUACGGGAGGGGUGCCGGCUUCUUGCUUCCCAGCAUGCCUGUCAGGUGGAGGAAGCGGCGCUCGCUGGCGUGAAAAAAAGAGAGCGACGUUCUCUAUGCGUUACGGAGGACAGAUGGAGGGAGGGAGAAAGAAAGAGGAAGGAAAGAAAGAGAGGGAGGGGGAGAGAGAGAGAGCGAGCGAGAGAGAGAGAGAGAGAGAGCGGACUCGUUAGGCAGCCUUACACACACACACCCAGAGCAGAAGAUGGCAGGGGAAGCGGGAGGCGAGCCGGCGCGGAAAGCAUGAGAAAACGGGCAAAAAUCGGCAGAGAAACCGUCUCUGCGCCGCACGGAUGGCGGAGGGGGACAAUGAUCCUGCGAAGUUGGGGUAAGAAACGGCUGCAUGAUAUCCACUGAAGAUGGAUGAACCAGAAGAUGCAUGUGGUUUUGAUUGAAAACAACUGAUGAAGGUACAUCUGUUGAGAAGCCCAAGAUGGAACAAUGGGCAAGACACCAGUCUCUGUUGAUUUAGAAAUGGAUGGACUGAAUGUCUGCUGUCACUGUGUAGAAAUGUGGAGAGAGUCAGACCUCAAAGUGAAGAAGUUGAAGUGGAGACCAUUGGUAUGUCAUCAAGAUGGCAGCCUCCUUUCUCUGCUUUGGAAAGGCUUUUAUUGUUGGGAAAAGCGGAGUCUUUGGUUUUGAGUACUUGCUACAUUGCAUGGAUGUUUGUUUUGAGACGUAAUGACUGGAGAAAUCUGUGCUGCUUCUGUGUGCAUACUGAAAAGAUGUUUCUUAAAGUAAUGCAAAGUUUGUAUUGAUUCAUAUUUGAAAAUCUUAUUGUAAACUAUGUGUAAUUGAAUCGUUUUGUUUUUUUAUUAAUGCUUAAUAAAAAAGGAUAUGUACCAUUUUUCUUUGACUCUUUUUCUAUUGGUCAAAUUUUAAAUGGAUUUUACCCUUUGGACUUCUUGAGUUGACUUAUUGGAAUAAAGUGACUUUUUACAUUUAAACUCAUUGAUUAUGGACUGUCUGACCAAUUCAAUGGUUUGUUUCAUAUUCAUUUAGAAAAGAGUUACUUGAUGGUUCCAUGGAAAAUGAAUUGUCAUGCUUUUUGAAAUAAUUCUGCUGGUUGGGUGUCUGAAAAAUGUACAUGUUUCUCAGUUUGUAAUCAACUUGUUGAUUGUUGGGAGUCCUCCAUAUGGCACUGCGUUGUUGACCAUUAAAGAUGCUUUGUAGACUUGGGUCCUACAAAAGGCUAUUGGAUACAUCCUAAACCCCCAUCUGUUGGGUUUAACAAGACCAGUGGUGUAUGUUUUGGAUUCGGGAUGGUCUUUAUUCCAUUCAUUGGCUAGUUAUGUCCUGCUACUGGAAGAGUAUAGCUGACAUAUUGCUGCUUUUAAUGGCUAGUCUGCAAUUGGGCGAUUUUGUGAAGGGUCAUCUUGUUUUUUGUCAUUCUUUAGUUUUAAUGUGGUUAUACUGGAAAUGGAUAUAGCCAGUGCUCCAUUGACUGGGAUUUUCCAUCAGCUCUGGCUAUUUUUUCUAACAAUAGUCUUUAGUUGCAUAAUUCCUCAAGGUACAAAGGGUUAAAUCAGAUGUGAAGGCAGUAGCUGUAAUGGUGUCCAAGGCUGCUCUGUUGCUUCUAUAAAAUGGCUUCAGUUAUCUAGUUUCCUCAUUUCCUGUCUGAACAGGAAGUGGUGGCACGGACAAAAAAAUGUAAUCUCCAAAAAAAAUUAAAAAUUAAACAGCUCCCCCCAAUAUCUUGCUCUGGGGAUGAAUUUGGUUACUUGUGUCAGUGUCCAGUCCCACAUCCAUGAUAUGAAGAAGACAGUUUAGUUGUAAAUAUUGGCAUUUUUGUAGGAUAUGGAAGGGGUGGGUCUUCAGUGCAUCACCUGAGUCCUGGGGUAAAUGGAAAGGACGUCAAUCAAAGGCUGGGCUCUCAGAGCUGGGAAGGAGCUCUAGAUGGCGGCUGAGCCUCGGAGAGGGGCGCGCAUUCACGCUCGCACGGCUUCGUCUGGCACUUUUUCAUGCCCCCCGCAACUUUGAACAACUUUUCGGGCUCCCCGGGCUCAACCCAGGCGAGAGUAGGGCUAGAUGCGGUGUAGUUGGCGUGAGAAUUAGCAGCGUUUUCCGGCGCUAGGUCGAUGCAUUUGGCGGAGGGGGAGCCGCACUGUGCCGUCUGUGCGAGUCGUUGUUUCCCCAGCCAGGCAGGGCGGCCAUGGCGCACCUCCAUUUUUAGUGCGCUCGCCUGGGCGCUCCUCCGGCUCCUCUUCCUUUCUUCUCAGCUACCGAUAUUUCAACGCAGAUUAAAAUUUUAAAAUCAAAUUAUUUCGAUAUUAGUCGUUUUAAAAGGAUUUUUGUUUCUUUUUUCCGGAAUCGCGAAAACGGGAUAAAUACUCCUUAAGGGAGACUAGAAAGCGGCGCCGCAGUCUACCUGUCUGUACAUGGAAUAGUUAAUACCAGAACUUAAGAUCCCCAAACGCAAACGUUUUCAAGAUUAAACCAUGAUGAAGAAUAAGGACAAAAAGCAGGACGAUGACGGGUCGCCUCAAAGCAAUGCAUCAAGCAAUUCUGCAUCAGAGGAAUCGAACCGCUCAGCAUCGGAGUCCGGGAGUCAGUCGGACAGCGAGCGGGGAAGCGAGCGUGGAAGGUCCCGACGCUCCGAGUCCAACAGCACGUCCGAGUCCGAGAGCCACUCCGAGUCUGAGAGCGAGUCAAAGCAAGCCUCAGCUGUGGUCAAGGACAAGCCCAUCCGAAAGAAGGAUAAGCUAGCGGAUGUUAAGAAGAUGUGGGAGGAACAUCCAGAUGUUUAUGGGGUCAGAAGGUCCAACCGGAGCAGACACGAACCUGCUCGCCUUAAUAUCGGCGCCGAGGGCAGCAGCGAAUCUGAAAGUGAAGUUCCCAAAAGAAAAGUCUCCCGGCAGAAGAAGACAGAAAAUACCUGGAAAGAUGAUGACUCAAAUGAAGAGGAGGAGGAUGAUGAUGAGGAAGAUGCCAGCAGUGCAGACAGUGAGCAGGAUGAGAAAAAAGUUAGAUCCAGACGACUGCCAGCGAGAAGGCCUCAGAGCAAGUCGGCUGGGGCCAAAAAGCAGGAGCCCCUCAGAGGCAAGAAAUCAAGGAAGCAAGAGUCAUCAGACGACGAGGAUGAGGAUGACGACGACGAAGAUGAGGACACGCCCAAGCGACAGACGCGCCGUCGGGCAGCCGCCAAAGUCAGUUAUAAGGAGGAUCUGAAUGACUUUGAGACAGACUCCGACGACCUGAUUGAGAUGGCGGGGGAGGCUGGCGACGAACAACAGGACAAUGACAGUGAGACCAUCGAGAAGGUCAUGGACGUCAGGACUGGCCGUAAGGGAGCCACAGGGGCUUCCACCACGCUAUACGCCGUGGAGGCCAACGGCGACCCGUGUGCCGACUUCAACCCUGAGAAAGACGAGGGUGAGACGCAGUACCUGAUCAAGUGGAAGGGCUGGUCCUACAUUCACAACACGUGGGAGAGCAUGGACUCCCUCAUCCAGCAGAAGGUCAAGGGGCUCAAGAAGCUGGAGAACUUUAAGAAGAAGAAUGACGAGCUCAGUUACUGGAUCUCAAAAGCCUCCCCAGAAGACCUGGAGUAUUACAACUGCCAGCAAGAACUGACCACAGACCUCAAUAAACAGUUCCAGAUCGUGGAGCGAGUCAUAGCAACAAAGACCGGCAAAUCGCAGUGCUCCUCUGACUUUCCCUCACACAGCCAUAAAACUGCCAGCUCGUCCAACGAGCCCGAGUACCUCUGCAAGUGGAUGGGCCUGCCGUACGCCGAGUGCAGCUGGGAGGAUGGCGCGCUCAUAAGUAAGAAGUUCCAACACUGCAUUGACAGUUUUAACAACCGCAAUUCCUGCAAGACCAUCCCCUCGAAGGACUGCAAGGUGUUGAAACAGAGGCCACGGUUUGUGACAUUGAAGAAACAGCCGUCAUACAUUGGCGGUGAGAACCUGGAACUACGGGACUAUCAACUUGAUGGACUCAACUGGCUGGCUCACUCCUGGUGCAGGUGCAACAGCGUGAUCCUGGCUGAUGAGAUGGGGCUGGGGAAGACCAUCCAGACCAUCUCCUUCCUGUCCUACUUGUUCCACCAGCACCAGCUCUAUGGUCCUUUCCUCUUGGUGGUGCCCCUGUCCACACUCACCUCCUGGCAGCGUGAGUUUAACACCUGGGCCCCGGACAUGAACGUGGUGGUCUACCUCGGUGACGUGAUGAGCAGGAAGACGAUCCGCGACUAUGAGUGGGUGCACCCACAGACAAAGAGGAUCAAGUUCAAUGCACUGUUGACAACGUACGAAAUCCUUCUGAAAGACAAGGGUGUCCUAGGAAACAUAAACUGGGCCUUCCUUGGGGUCGACGAGGCCCACAGGCUGAAGAAUGACGACUCGCUGCUCUACAAAACGCUGAUUGACUUCAGGUCCAACCACAGGCUGCUAAUCACAGGGACUCCACUGCAGAACUCGCUCAAAGAGCUCUGGUCACUGCUGCACUUCCUCAUGCCUGAUAAGUUCGAGUCUUGGGAGGAUUUCGAGGACGAACACGGUAAAGGGCGGGACAACGGCUACCAGAGUCUCCACAAAGUCCUGGAGCCUUUCCUCCUCCGGCGCGUCAAGAAGGAUGUGGAGAAGUCGCUCCCGGCCAAAGUGGAGCAGAUCCUGCGUGUGGACAUGAGCGCUCAGCAGAAGCAGUUCUACAAGUGGAUCCUGACCAGGAACUACCGGGCUCUGUCCAAGGGCACGAGGGGCAGCUCCUCGGGCUUCCUGAACAUCGUCAUGGAGCUGAAGAAGUGCUGCAACCACAGCUUCCUCAUCAAGCAGAGUGAGGACAGCGAGACCGGCAGCCAGCAGGAGCAGUUGCAGAACCUGGUGCGUGGCAGCGGCAAACUGGUCCUCCUGGAUAAGCUGCUGACCCGGCUGCAUGACAGGGGCAACCGCGUGCUCAUAUUCUCCCAGAUGGUGCGGAUGCUAGACAUCCUGGCCGAAUACCUGACCUUCAAGCGCUACCCCUUCCAGCGGUUGGACGGCUCAAUAAAAGGAGAGAUCAGAAAACAAGCUUUAGACCACUUCAAUGCUGAGGGAUCUGAGGACUUCUGCUUCCUGCUGUCCACGCGAGCCGGAGGUCUGGGCAUCAACCUGGCAUCGGCUGAUACUGUGGUCAUCUUCGACUCCGACUGGAAUCCCCAAAACGACCUGCAGGCACAGGCCCGAGCACACCGGAUAGGCCAGAAGAAGCAGGUGAAUAUUUAUCGUUUGGUCACAAAAGGGACAGUUGAGGAAGACAUCAUUGAAAGAGCCAAGAAGAAGAUGGUUUUGGACCAUCUGGUCAUUCAGAGGAUGGACACCACGGGACGAACUGUACUGGACAACAGCUCAGGAAACUCAAAUUCUAAUCCGUUUAACAAGGAGGAGUUGACAGCCAUUUUGAAGUUUGGCGCUGAAGAUCUUUUCAAAGAGCCAGAGGGAGAGGAGUCUGAACCACAGGAGAUGGACAUCGAUGAGAUCCUGCGGCUGGCAGAGACCAGGGAGAGCGAUCAGGGCUCCAGCGCCACAGACGAGCUGCUGUCCCAGUUCAAGGUGGCCAACUUCUCCACCAUGGAGGAGAGCAUGCCCGAGCUAGAGGAGAAGCCCAUGCGUGACUGGGACGACAUCAUCCCUGAAGAACAGCGCCGCAAGGUGGAGGAGGAGCAGAAGCAGAAGGAGAUGGAGGACAUCUACAUGCUUCCACGAAGCCGAAGCUCUAACAAGAAGGCCCAAGCCAACGACAGCGAUAGUGACGUUGGUUCCAAACUGAAGCACAGGUCCUCUGGGUCCGAGAGCGAGACCGACGACAGCGAGGAUGACAAGAAGCCGAAGAGAAGGGGCCGGCCCCGAGCUCGCAAGAACAACGUGGAGGGAUUCACCGACGCCGAGAUCCGCAGAUUCAUCAAAGGCUACAAGAAAUUUGGCUGCCCACUUGAUAGAUUGGAGGCCAUCGCACGUGAUGCAGAGCUGGUGGACAAGUCCAUCGCGGACCUUCGCAGGCUGGGAGAGCUGGUACACAGCAAUUGUCUGGCGGCCGUCCAGGAGCACGAAGAGCACCUGAAGGAGAACCCCAGUGAGGCCAAAGGUCCAGGGAAGCGAAGAGGGAUAAACAUCAAGAUCUCUGGGGUGCAGGUCAAUGCCAAGUCCAUCAUCCAACAUGAGGAAGAGUUCGAGGCCCUGCACAAGGCCGUGCCCUCGAACCCCGCAGAGAGGCACAAGUUCCAGCUCAGCUGUCGCGUGAAGGCCCCCCACUUCGACGUGGACUGGGACAUCAUGGAUGAUACACAGCUGCUGCUGGGGGUCUACGAGCACGGCUAUGGCAACUGGGACCUGAUCAAAACUGACCCCGAGCUCAAGCUGUCCAGCAAGAUCCUUCCGGAUGACCCAGAUAAGAAGCCUCAAGCCAAGCAGCUGCAGACGAGAUCUGACUACCUCCUCAAAAUGCUCAAGAAAGAGCUAGAAAGCAAAGACAUCCCCAAGCAAGGGGAUGAGAGCCAGGUGAAGAAGAAGAAGCCUCGCAAUAAGAAGGAGGCCAAGUCCUCCAAGGAUGAGCAGGGUAAUGACGUGUCCUCCCCACGCCUUUCCGACCACCCCUCCGAGGAAGGGGAGGUGAAGGAUGAUGGAACAGAGAAGUCCCCCACAAAGAAGAAACAGAAAAAGAAGGACAACAAAGAGAAUAAAGAAAAGCAGGGGACUCAGAAGAAAGAGAAGGAUGGAGAUAAGGACAAAAAGCACUCCAAGCCAAAAAAAGAAAAGGGCAAGGCGGGCACCAAAGGGAAGCCACCCCAAGGUCCGGUGCACAUCACGGCGGGCAGUGAGCCGGUGCCCAUUGGCGAUGAGGAUGAUGAGCUUGACCAGGAGACAUUCAGCAUCUGCAAAGAGCGCAUGAGGCCUGUGAAGAAGGCCCUGAAACAGCUGGACAAGCCCGACGAGGGCCUGUCGGUGCAGGAGCAGCUGCAGCACACCCGCAGCUGCCUGUUGAAGAUCGGGGACCGCAUCACCGAGUGCCUGAAGGCUUACAAUGACGCGGAGCAUGCCAUGGCCUGGCGCAGGAACCUCUGGAUUUUUGUGUCGAAGUUCACAGAGUUCGGCGCGAAGAAAUUAUAUAAGCUGUACAAGAUGGCUCAGAAGAAGCGGUCACAGGAAGAGGAGAAGGAGCAGAAGAAGAAGGAGGACGUCUCUGGGAGGAAGAAGCCCUUCAGGCCGGAGCCUUGCAGCUCCAGUCGGGACUCCACGGGCGCCCAGCCUUCCCCGAAGUCACAUGGGCCCUUGCCUCACCCCUCACAGCCCCCCCCCCACGCUCACCACAGGGACCCGUACAUGCCGCCCAACAAGAGGCACUUCCCCAGUGACAAUCGGGGAGACUGGCAGCGAGACCGUAAGUACCCAUAUCCUAGCAACCAGUCGUGGCAGGCUGAUCGGCACCACCCCUAUGAGCAGCACCGAUACAAGGAUCAUCACUACGGUGACCGGCGGCUGCACGGGGAUGCCUACAGGAGCUCGGGCAACUACCGCAAGCGGCCCUACGAGCAGUACGGCAACGACCGUGACCACAGGGGCCACCGCGACUACUAUGAUAGGCACUCAGACCCGAAGAGGCGUCGCAUGGACGACUUCCGUUCUCAGAACUACCACCAGGGCGGCAGCCACGUGCCGGACUACCGGAGGAUGCCCGAGCACCAUGGUCCGGUGACACCGGAACACUACCGGCCCUUUCACCCCGACAAGUCUGGGGACUACAUGCCCCCCCCGCUGCUGGACCCGCGCUCGCCACAAGCCCAGAAGUCCCCACUGGACACACGCUCACCCCAGGAAAGGACCGCAGAGCAGAAAAAUGCUGCAGAAUUCAGCUGGAGUGCCCGCAAGACAUGAGACGCGUGGCUCCAGGCGGAACGUCGCGUGACUGAGUGCACGCAGGGUGCGGGAGCGGACACUAGGGGGCGACACAUGCUGCUAGGGGAGGCGAGUUCUGUUUCCGCCAUCCAGUCCUCUGCCCGGUUGGACUUUGCAGGUGGAAAAAACAAAACAGACUCCUGUUUACCAGCAACCACCUCACCUUUUCAUUUUAAUGUUUUACAGCGGGACCGAGGGCAAAGACAGAUGUGGGACAGGGUUAAUAUUCGUGGGGGUAUCAAAGAGUGUCAAAUGAACAGACUAAGGUGUGUUUAGUCCCAUGGACUGAGGAUAUGCAGGAGGAGCCUGGGAAUAUGGAAAUGCCUCAGAGACUUGGCUUAUUUUUGAAAGAUACAGAAAGCUGGGGACGUUUUCCCAAAGCCACUUUUUUUCUUAAGUUUGUUUCGUUGUCGUUUCGGAAUAAUCUGAGGUCUGUCUAUAUGCUGAGGGAAGAGCAUGCCCUCACUGCCCCCCCCCCCCCUAGGCUCAGCGCCAUGACUCGGGCUGUCCGCUGCAGACACCUGUGGCGUUCAGGAGACUCUGCAGGUGUCGUGCUUUUUAUUAUCCCAGGGAUCAGGACAAGUUGCCGGCUGGUCUCAGCCACUCCUUAGACCAUCCUGGAGAGCUUUCACCGUGAAUCCUCUUGCCAACCCCAGAAUUCGUCAUACGAGCAUCAGAAAUCAAGCCGUAUGAACUUAAGCUGUUCUGUGAAUAGCCAACGCCAAGUCCAGAUGUUCUCUGCUAAAGCUGAAUUUUGUUUCCGCAAUAACCAGUAUUUAAAGUGAACAUAGGCCUUGUAAAAAAAAAUAUUUAAACACUAAAAAGACUUAAGGUGUCAUGAUGGCUGUCCCUGUCGGUGCGAUUGGGAGGCUGCUUUGACGCGCUUUAUUUCUACGGUCAGUACAGAAGGUACCUGCAGCUGCUCUUGCACUAAAAGUACAGUAUUCUACAGUAAUAUUGGAUGUUCCUUUCUUUGUAAGUAUUUUGUAACAUCACAACUUAAACGGUGAAAGUGUUCCUGAAUCCUUUUUGAAUACAGGUGAAUUAUACCUUUAAAUAAACUGGGAAGAUCA